AACAGAUAAGAAAACCGGUGAAUGAGAUAAUGGAAGGGGGAUUACUGCCUCCAGGGUUUCGGUUUCACCCGACGGAUGAAGAGUUGGUCGGAUAUUACCUGAAAAGAAAAAAUAAAGGACUCGAAAUCGAGCUUGAAGUCAUCCCAGUCAUCGAUUUCUACAAGUUUGAUCCAUGGGAAUUGCCAGAGAAAUCGUUCCUUCCGAAACGAGAUAUGGAGUGGUUCUUUUUUUGUCCCCGGGAUCGAAAGUACUCGAAUGGCUCGAGAACAAACCGAGCUACCAAAGCUGGUUAUUGGAAAGCCACGGGAAAAGACAAGAAACUGGUGUGUCAAUCUGCCGUCACCGGCUAUCGUAAGACCUUAGUUUUUUACCAGGGACGUGCUCCUGUAGGUGAUCGAACGGAUUGGGUUAUGCACGAGUAUCGGCUCUCCGAUGAGACUCCUCAGGGAUCAACUAAUCAGGGUGCUUUCGUCUUGUGCCGCGUUGUGAAAAGGAAUGAGCAGAAGGCGAGUGACGUGCAUGGGAAUCCAGAGGUAAUGAGUUCAACAAAUGUAGAGCUUACUCCGGUUGGAAGAGUCUUCAACGAGCCCGUGCGGCCAUUCGAGCCCAUCUCGGUCGAUACCAAUACCAAUUCCGCCGGCGUCUGGGUCUCACCUGAUGUAGCUCUCGCUUCAUCAAACGAUUAUCCACAAAUAUGCGAAACAGCAGCUGAUCAGUACGAGUUUCCAAGCUUACAGUCGCCGUGGGAGUGGCGGCAAUGUCAACCAGACAAUUUCUCACCUACCUCGUCGUACUCGAACUUUGAGGAAAUCGAACUUUUCGAUGAUCUCAGUCGCAUCGGAUGCAUGUCAGCUUACGGACAUGCAAAUGACAUUCUAUGGCAAUGA